GUAAAGGACAAAGUAAUAGAUACACAUAGGAUCUAAGGAGAAGUGUGGACAUAAAAGAGGUUGAAGGAGAUUAUUUAAAGGGUAGAGGUGGGGUGGUAAACAAUCAGAGUUUAGAAAGAGAUAAUACUCCACUACAUACUACAGAAGUAGCUAGCAGCUGAUCACAACACCUGAACCUGAAGGAUACUUGCAGAUGAUGGCAGCCUACUAUCCCAGCAAUCUCACCACUGACCACAUUCAACAGUACUUGGAUGAGAAUAAAUCUUUGAUUCUGAAGAUUGUGGAGAGUCAAAACUCCGGUAAACACGCGGAGACUGCUGAAAACCAAGCGAGGCUUCAAAGAAACCUAAUGUAUCUGGCUGCAAUUGCCGAUUCACAACCACAACUUCCCACCAUGCAUUCCCAGUACGCUACGGCGGCUGGGAGCGGGAUGGGGCAGCAGUCCGGAGCGCACUACCUGCAGCAGCCACAGCAAGCACAACAAAUGGCGUCACAAUCCCUCAUGGCAGCGCGCUACUCUAUGAUGUACGGGCAGCAGCAGCAGGCAGCAUUGUACGGCCAGCUCGGGAUGAGUUCUGGCAGUGGAUUCCAGAUACUCCAGAGUGAGGCAGCUGCACCUGUGCACGGUGGAAGCAGCGGUGGCAGCGGGAGUUUCGGUGAUUUCGGAUUGGGCAGUGGUUGCGAAGGCGGGGAGAGGAGCUAGGGAGCUCUAGUGACGGGUGGUGGUGGUGGAUGGCCAGAGGUGAAACUACUAGCUAGGGAGUAUUAAUUAUAUUAAUGAUGGACGUAGUUGAUGUAAUCUCAAGCAUGUUUUUGACUUCACAUUUUGGAUGCAAAUCUGAAAUGCAUGUGGAGAUGAUCAGCUAGCUUAGCUUAGCUUGAUGCAGCUGGUAGAGAGAGUAGUUUCCUAUAUAUGUAUAUGUUUAGGUCAUCCUCAAUUCUAAUAUGUGUUUGUUUCUUCAUUACUCCGUAUUAAUUCUCCUAUCACUUUAGCAUCCAGUCUUCAGCUUAACUGCAUGCAUUAGCUAGGGUCUAAAUAACUGUUUGUGUUCAUGAGUUCAUCAUGCAUCCUGACUCCAUAUCACCACUCACCAGCUAUGUUUACUUAUAAGGAUCAUGAUUUACCAUAGUUAUUCUUCAAAGGAAUCAGUUCUA